UGUCGAGCGUCGAUGACUUUCGGUCGGCCACCACAACUUAGAAGAAGUUGGAUGGUAAGAUGGAAGGAUCAUGUGCACCAGCGUCAAUCUUGAAUAGCAGCAGCUGGGAUAAUUUUGCCGAGCUGGCCAAUAACAGUCACGAUUCAGCAGCUACAAGUAGUAAUAAUGCUACGUGUGUGAUUAUCGAAUGGGACGACUGGGACCUAUCGUUGUGGACAACGGAACAGCGAAAACUUUUGGAACAGAACGAAAUACCGCGUUGGAUUCAUAUCACGCUUGGCGUCUUUCUUUCGCUGGUUGUCCUCUUUGGUGUCGCUGCCAAUUCCGCAAUCUUCUACGUCUUCUCGAGAUUCAAACGGCUGAGGACGCCAGCCAACGUGUUCAUCAUUAACCUAACGAUUUGCGAUUUUUGCGCCUGCUGUCUACACCCAAUGGCAGUCUAUUCGGCUUUUCGGGGCCGCUGGUCUUUCGGCCAAACCGGAUGCAACUUGUACGGCAUGGGGGUGGCCUUUUUCGGAUUGAACAGCAUCAUCACACUGUCGGCCAUCGCUUGUGAGCGUUAUAUUGUCAUCACGUCCAGCAGCUGCCGUCCGUCCGUGGCCAAGUGGCGGAUUACUCGUCGGCAAGCUCAAAAGAUUUGUGCGGCUAUCUGGCUACAUUGUGCUGCGCUUGUUACACCACCAUGGCUCUUUGGUUGGUCCUCUUUUCUUCCGGAAGGAGUAUUGGUCACUUGUUCGUGGGAUUAUAUGACGCGGACGCUCUCCAAUCGCCUCUACUAUUUGUAUCUUCUCUUUUUCGGAUUCAUCAUUCCCAUUGCCGUCUUGACAUUUUGCUAUGCAUCCAUUUUCCGAUUCAUCAUCCGCUCUUCCAAGGAAAUGACCCGGCUGAUUAUGACAAGUGACGGCAGGACAUUGUUCAGCAAAACGACUGUGUCGUUCCGUAAAAGACGUAGGCAAACGGACAUCCGGACAGCGCUGAAUAUUUUGACUCUAGCUAUGCUCUGCUACACGGCCUGGACGCCCUACGCCAUCGUCAGUCUCAUCGGCCAGUUUGGUCCCGUCGAUGAGAACGGAGAGCCUGAGAAGCUCUCACCCAUGGCUACAGCCAUUCCCGCAUUCCUGGCCAAAACAGCAAUUGUGUUCGAUCCGCUGAUCUAUGGAUUUUCAAGUCCUGAAUUUCGUGCUUCUGUUCGCCACUUCUUCCGCGGCCAGAAUGCCGACACCAGCGUCAAUGGCGUCAUUCGUGGUGGGGCCAAUCACACCGCCAUGAUUGACAUCAGGAGACCAGUCAACGAGAAUGGCCAUCCAGCUCCUAGUAAUUUACACGUCGUCUUCUCUUCUGUGAGCGAGAGUAUCAAAAUCAAUUCAACUGAAUCGACCACCAAUAAAUUGAAUGACUCUUCGGCGUCAGCGCAAAGCCCGAAGCAUCUGGUACCGGCACACGGCCAUCAUCACCAACCAAGUGCGGAUGUGAAAUCAAGAAAACCUAGCGUGAAACGCAACAAUAGUCUAAAUUAUCAAAAGAGUUGCAGGCUUCGGCGGAGGGCGAGCGCUGUCAGCCAUCGUUCACUGCCCGAGGAAGCGUCUUCGAUGCGGCUGAUCGUGCUAGUGGAAGAGAAUGAUGUUUCUUCGCGGAACACGACGCAGCCAACUGAAAGCAGUUCAAGUCAAAUCACGAAAACAGAGCAUUCGGUGCACGUUUCUUUCGCAAAGUAUCCACGACGACUAGUUUCAGAACCGCAUCUCAGUCUUUACUCCAGAAGCUCAAGCGAUGUCCCUGGAAGCUUAACGCUAAGCAAAUCCUACAACCAACAGAUCAAAGCUCCAGAACGCGUCGCUAGAGAUAUAAACGGCCUAGGAGUCCACUCAGUGUAG